UAGGCGGAGCUUGGCAGAACUCUACUUUUUAAGGGGCACACAUUUAUUAAUUCAAGCACAGUGUGGAAACAUUGCGAGGUGACAAGAUCGGUAACUUGGAGCCCACGGAUCCACGGACUGGUCAUUCACCUUCAGCCGUUUACAAAUCCACCUGUUCAUUUAACAAUUAAUAAUGUUGAAAGUGACAUUAGGCCUCGCUCUGGUGACUCUGGUUGCUUGCUCGCAGUGCCCCAACAAUGAAGUGUGUGAGGCAGGCCAGACAUGCUGCCAGGAUCUCACCGGAGAGUUCAGCUGCUGCCCUUUCCAUCACGGAGAGUGUUGUGAGGACCACCUGCACUGCUGUCCUGAAGACAUGUUGUGCAGUGUUAUGGACUCCAUGUGUAUAAACGCCACACAUACACUGCUGUUUGUGGAGAGGAUACCGGCUAAACAGACAGACCUUCCCAAAUCGUUCAGAAUGAUUCCCUCAUUACCUGCAAGUGAAGACGACAUCACCUGUCCUGAUGGCUCCUUCUGUCCUGCUGAGUUCUCCUGUCUGCUGAUGGCUUCAUCAUAUGGGUGCUGUCCUGUAGCACAGGGCCUUGUGUGCUCAGACGGGAAACACUGCUGCCCAAAAGACCAUGAAUGCAGUGCAGACAGCAGUUCCUGUGUCAAACUAAAAGAACCAGUCAAGGCUGUUCUUUGUGGAAAUGGGACCUCAGAGUGUCCCGUAGACACCACAUGUUGUGAGACAGAAGAUGGUCAGUGGGCGUGCUGCCCCAUGCCAAAGGCUGUAUGUUGUGACGAUAAAAUCCACUGUUGUCCAGAGGACAGUGUCUGUGAUGUUGAAGGCUCCAAAUGUAUGUCCUCCACCAAUCAGGAGCUGCCUAUGUGGGCCAAAUUCCCUGCACGUCUUAGAGCUGAAUGGGAAGAUCACAAAUCUGCAGAAAUGAGGGCUGAAGCUGAACUCACUACAACCAGACAGAUCACUACUGCUGGCAAGCAAAUGACUACAUUGCCUGGUGCACUACCAAAGACCUCUGAUGUUCCCUGCAAUGACACUGUGGCCUGUCCUGAUGGAACCACAUGCUGCAAGACUAAAGAAGGAGGAUGGGCCUGCUGUCCUCUGCCAGAGGCCGUUUGUUGUGACGACUUCAUCCACUGCUGUCCUCAUGGUAAGAAGUGUAACGUUGCUGCUGGGACGUGUGAGGACCUUUCAUGUUCUGGUGUGCCCUGGGUGGAACAGGUGCCUGUGCAGCCAAUCAUCAGUCAAGACAAACAAACCUCUGAUGUUCCCUGCAAUGACACUGCGGCCUGUCCUGAUGGAACCACAUGCUGUAAGACUAAAGAAGGAGGAUGGGCCUGCUGUCCUCUGCCAGAGGCCGUGUGUUGUGACGACUUCAUCCACUGCUGUCCUCAUGGUACGACAUGUAACGUUGCUGCUGGGUCUUGUGACGAACUUUCAGGCUCUAAGCCUUGGUUCGAGAAGCUGCCUGUCAAACCGAUCAGCAGUCAGAAUGUGGCUGUUACACAAGUGUCUUCAGUGCAUUCAGAUGUUCCCUGCAAUGACACUGCGGCCUGUCCUGAUGGAACCACAUGCUGCAAGACUAAAGAAGGAGGAUGGGCCUGCUGUCCUCUGCCAGAGGCUGUGUGUUGUGAUGACUUUGUCCACUGCUGUCCUCACGGUACGACAUGUAACGUUGCUGCUGCGUCUUGUGACGAACUUUCAGGCUCUAAGCCUUGGUUCGAGAAGCUGCCUGUCAAACCGAUCAGCAGUCAGAAUGUGGCUGUUACACAAGUGUCUUCAAUGCAUUCAGAUGUUUCCUGUGAUGGCACCACAUCUUGUCCUGAUGGAACCACAUGCUGUAAGACUCAAGAAGGAGGAUGGGCCUGCUGUCCUCUGCCAGAGGCUGUGUGUUGUGAUGACUUUGUCCACUGCUGUCCUCACGGUACGACAUGUAACGUUGCUGCUGGGUCUUGUGACGAACCUUCAGGCUCUAAGCCUUGGUUCGAGAAGCUGCCUGCUCUCCCUAGAGCAGGUCAAAAGUCACCUGGGAAUGUGAACUGCGACUCUAGUCACGUUUGUCCUGAUUCCAACACUUGCUGUAAGAACAUUGAUGGAGACUGGGGCUGCUGUCCUUUGCCUGAGGCUGUAUGUUGCACAGAUGGGGAACACUGUUGUCCGGCUAACUAUGAGUGUGAUGUGACCAGGGUGUCUUGCAUCAGGGGAGAUGUGGUGAUCCCCUGGUACAAUAAAAUUUCUGCUCAAAGCACACCGGCUCCAAGCUUGGAUCUCGGAGCUGUUGAGUGCGACGAGCAGUCGAGUUGCUCUGCAGAUUCCACCUGCUGCCAUCUGUCCACGGGAGAAUGGGGCUGCUGCCCUCUUCCUGAGGCUGUUUGCUGCCCAGACCAGGAGCACUGCUGUCCCAAAGGCUACAGGUGUGACCUGCGUAGACGCUCCUGCAUAAAAACCACUUGGCUACAUGUGGAAAUAGUCCCACUUGCCCACAUUGAUGACCAAAAGCCACAGUCGAGCGUCUCAGAAAAGGACAUUCAGUGUGGAGGUGGAUAUAGUUGCAAAGAUAGUGAGACCUGUUGUCCAACCUCCCAGACCACCUGGGGCUGUUGCCCAUCUCCAAAGGCCGAGUGCUGUGAUGAUAUGAAACACUGCUGCCCUGCUGGAUACAAAUGUGGCGCGGGUGGAACUUGUACUUCAGCCGUAGACUUUGACUGGGACAACUGGGACAACUGGAGGGUGUUCUUCUCCAAAAAUAAACGAGCUAUUACUCUGUAAAAAAACAACAACAACAAAAACACAAACACCUGGGUUAUUCCCACUCAGUCGCUUAAAUGGCCAACACUCCCUAAAGUGUCAGAUUUAUAAAAAUUAUACAUUUGAUCAAAGUACUAAUUAAAGCUAAUCAGACAGUUCACUGCAAAAGGUUGAUUUUAUUUGCUGUUUCAUUAGGGCUGACUAUGAUGGUUAAUAUCUGUUUCCAUUGUCUAUCAGUAAUACCAACUAAUCUUAUCCACUGAGCCAUUUGUACAUUUUAAGAAUGGGUCAUUAUUGUAAAGUGUACAUUGUUCAUAGUUGUGCAUAGUUUCCAGUGUUUUGGUUACUGCUCAGUUUUAUCUGAAGAAUAAUUUGACUAUGGAAUGGUGGAAAGAUGUAACACAUAUUGAAGCAUAGAUGACCUCUAGUGGCUGGAUUUAAUUCAUUAAAACGUGGCAUGUACAAAUACCACAGGCCUCAAAGGUUUACAGGUUACAUUUUAUCAGACUUGACAUCACACAGUCUUGGGAUUAUGACCGCAUUGCCCUGGAUAAGGAAACAUAUUAAAUUAAUCUUUUCGGAUAACAAACAUCACCUUUUCUGUGUAACUUCCUUAUUGCAGGUCUUGAUCUUUACCAUGAUUUGUAUAAUUGUCUUUUUUUAUUGAUUUAAAUGCUGGUUAUAUUGAUUGAGCAUUGUGACAGAUGACAAAAAGUUUUCUGAAGUAAAAACGUGACCAAUCUGAAACCUUGUCAGCUCUAAAAGAGAAAUAAAAGCGAGAUAA